AUGGUUUCUGUCAAGGACACACUUGGUCCCCUACCCUGGCCCUGCGUUCAAUGCGAAGAAGCGACUGACUUCGGAGAACCGGGAAGGUUCCUGGGGCUCGGGCGGGCUCCCCACCGCCGCCCGCUCCCAACGCUCCCGGCCCCUCCCCCCAAGGGAGCUCUCCAGCGCCUAACCCCCUUGGGCAUCCGUUAUGUACCCCCUGCUGAUGCAGCCUGGAAGCGGGCUCCGAGGCUGGGCGGGGCUGUUCCCAAGUUUUCUCUUCGACCCGGGGGGGACGGGGUGGGGGAAAUUUUCCCCCGGGGGCCCGGCCCCCCACCCGAUCUUUCUGGGUGGAGGGUGGCGAGCCCCGCGCGCGGAGACACGGGCGCGCGCGGGACCCGGGGCCGGGGCCGGGGCCGGGGCCGGGGCCGGGGCCGAGGCCGGGGCCGGGGCCGGGGCCGGGGCCGGGGCCGGGGCCGGGAGUGGCCCCCUGGCUCACCGUGGGUCCCGGGCGCUGGGGGUCUGCCGACGGCGUUCCCCUGGGCGGGACGGGCAGGCCUGACGGCCGCCUCGCCACCCCCGCGGAGGCUGCCCCCGCCGCUGCCCCCCCCGCGCUGGCAGCGGUUGCCCAGGGCAACGAAGUCGGGCGUGGGGGCGCAUUGUGCGGCCCGGAGCUGCGGCAGCGGCUCGGAGAACCAGAGCCCCGGGUCCCUCCGCGAGUGGCGGCCCCUCGGGGUGGGACUGCGGGGCCGGGGAGGCGGCUGCGGCCUGGGGGUGACUUGGGUCCGGCACCGGCGGCGCCGGGACGCGACCGUGGAGCGCUCCAGCGCGGCCAAGGAGUGGCGGCGCGGGGCCGGGCUUUAGAGUUGCCCAGGGCUGCCGAGGCCGGUGGGGAGGGAGGGAUGAGGGGAGGCCAGGCCGAACCGGGUCGGGCGGAGCCGCGCCGGGCCACGCCGGGCCACGCCAAGCCAGGAGUCCGAGGCUCCCGGCGGCGGUGGCGGCGGCGGCGGCGGCGGCGACGGCGGCGGUGGCGGCGGCGGCGGCGGCGGCUGCCGCGCUCAGUGUGAGCGGUGGACGCCCCGCGGACCGAGGUCCAUUGUGCGACACGGGGAGGGGGAGGGGGAGAGGGUGGGGAAGGGCGAGGGCGGCCGGCGGCCGCCAGGGCCUCGGCCACGGUCAAGGAGCAUUUCCGGCCCCAGCUCCGCUGCUGCGUUCGGCUCCCUCCCUGCCUUUCGGCAGAGGGCUGCGACCUGGCUUCCCAGAAGCGUCGCCCACUAAGGCUUGGGUUCUGAGCCCGUGCUGCGGGGGCCAGGUUCGCCUUCCCGGGACGGAGCCGGGCUGCUCCUGGAUGCGGGCCGGGGUGCCAGCGAGACAAAAUCGAAAGUCCCCCCCGGCCCUCCUCUCCACCUGGGGGUCUAUGAAGACAUAAUUCAUAGAAGUUAAUGGGGGGCGGGGCAUUAGCCCCGGGGGAGCGCUUUAUGCCGGCCGGCCGGCCUGACUCGAAGGUCAGCCAUCACAUCUCCCCCCUCCCUCCCACCGGGCCUCUCGCGCUCGGCUCGGCCAGGCGCUCGGCCAUUUCUCAGUGGCCGGUAGAAGGCUGGACUCCCGACCAGAAUCAAACUCACACCCCCCCCCCCUUCCACCACCUCGUGUUCUCCACUCUCCCUUCUCCCCCACCGUCCCGACACUGGGGACUCCACCUCCAUCUUGGUAUUCCCAAUAGAGUCUCCUUCACAUCCCUUCCCCGAUCUCUCCAAAGAAUUCAUGAACAGAGACACGGAAAAACUUCCCGGGAAGCCUGUCACCUCGUACUUUCUAAGAAAGGAAAGUCCAUUAACCUCGCCCCCCCCCCCUCCUGUCUACAGCUCUACAUCGCGCCCCAUCCCGCCUUUUGUCUUUCGGCCCGAGGCAGGCUGGCAGGCGGGAUGCCCAUGCAGAGGUGCCCAGAUUGGCCCUUUCGCUUGUCGGUCUCUCGCCCGCCCCGCCCCCACCCCUCAUCUUGACCUCAGGUCUCUCCAGGACCUUAACUGCCAGGGAACACCCUCAGGUCUCGGACGGCCGCCCCUCUUUGUCAGGUGUCCUUUCUUCCCAUUUUCUCUCCUUCCUGUUCUCUCAACCCCUGGCAUCCAGGUUUCCAGCUUCAUCACUCACCUGAAACUGCACUCCUCUCUGGAUUUCCUUGAGACUUCUUGUUAUCCCUAUAGAACAUAAGCUUCUUGAGGACAGGAACUGGCACAGAAGUGCCUGCACUUAAUAAAUGCCUGGUGGUAAAUUCAUUGUCUGGACUAUUGCAAGAGCCUGUCUCACUCCCUUGCUCAGGAAGCUCCACUCUGUCUCCACUGCUUCUAGGGUCAAGUAGAAGCCCCUGCUUGGAACGGAAAGCCCUUUAUGGGCUCCAGCUUCCAUCUUCCCAGGCCAGGACCCACCCCACCAGUUCCAGCCUGCUUUGGCCAAAGCCGCCCUUCCAUGCCCUAUCUGGAAGCAUUUGCACCAGCUGUCCCCCGAGCCUCCUCAGAGAGGCUCCACGUUCAGACCUCCUCCUCUGCUGGAAGGGGCCUGAUUUUCUCCACCCCAAAUGGCUCUCCAUUUCUUUUGUUAUCUGGAACCAGGUUUUAUCCCUCAUUAAGUGCAGGGACUGUCUCCCAUUGUUGGGACGGCAUCCUUGGCACCUAGUGGCACGGUGCCCGAUAACGGUUUAAGAAAUCACUGUGAGACUGUGUGAGCCUAGAAAGGCAGUGAGCCGAGGUGGGCAUGGAGAGAGAAGGCUGGAAGUGACAGUUUCUAGGGAGGAAAGAAUGCACAGAGCCCGACAAUGGACCCAAGAUGCGUCCAGGAUGAGGCCAAGCUUAGGAGGCUGGGGGUCAGAGAUGUGGAAAGGGAAGCUCUCCAUUCUAGACAGGUUGAGUUUCAGCAAACCAUUUCAGUAGUUCCGCAUCUGGCUGGUCAUCAAAGGGCUGGCCACCAGGGGAUGAAUCUUUUGGCCCCAGUCCCCUAGACUGUCUCAGGGGCUACGAUCUGGGAUGGCGGAGGGAGGACUCUCACCCACAAAACCAUGGACUCUUUUCAGCGAGCAGCAUUUAUUAUGAAAACAACGUGAAGAUACACCACAGCAGAAACAGGAAGGAAAUGAAACGUUUAUCUUGGAAAUGAUAAUCAUGCCCUGUUAGUGGGCUUUCUAGCUCAUAUGCAAAUAGGGGAAGGAGGAAAUUACUACUAAAUACAGAAGACAUCAUCCCCACAUUCUAAGCCAGUUACCAACUUUUUUAUGGGGCAGCUACUUCUCAGACUACUCCUACGAACACCCAUCUGGCUCUGAACUCAGAACCGACAAUAGGAGCAAGUGGAAAGGCUUUACCUUAAGUGGGGUAGCUCAUGCCUCAGUUCCCUAACACACUACAAGAAGUAACCAAAGGAACUAGAAGGAGGCCCCUCGAUUCUUAGGCUGAUGACUGACAUUUGGACAGAUCUCUGAGCCUUGAGUCCUGAUGACUUUGGGGUGGGACUCCGGGUUCCACAGUCAGAAACGUAACAAAUGUAGAGAACGCCUCAGAGCUUUGAAAGUCAGAACACUGAACUCGGGAUUCGUUUUCAAGACACCCCAACCAAAUAGGAAUCCUAAAAGCAAUUCCUUAUGUGCCUAAUCAGACACAAGGACAUGUUUAGGGCUUCAACAUGUAUUUGCUUUCUGGGGCCAACAAUAUCUGUGUCUUUUAGAAUUUUUUCAAGGCAGAAGAGCAGUACAGGCUAGGCAAUGGGGAUUAUGUGACUUGCCUAAGGUCACAUAGCUAGGAAGUGUCUGAGGCUUAUAGAACCAAUUAUAAGUUAUCUGAGAAAAUAACUGGCAAUAAGAAGUAAAUACAGCAAGUCUACUUAGAGAGUUGAUUUGGCACUCAAGGGGGCUCAUCUACAGGAGAUCCCAAGUCAAGUGCAGUUUUAAGGGGCCUUGGAAACUUCAGCCCCAUAAAUUUGACUGAUGACCAACCACUAGGCCCACACCAUGCAAAAAUCAAUCGCAAAGGGAGUAAUGGACUUCAUAAAGUGGGGGAAGAAAACUGUCACCAAGCCCUGAGGGGAACAUUCCAUAUCACAGCUGAGUAAGGAGUCAGGAAAAAGCUCCUUAUUGGAAUUAUUUCAUCAGCCUCAGGUUGCCAGGUGGCCACAAAGGAGAUGUGGGAACCUCCAUUCUUCCCUCAGGCUGGUGAACUGCCAGACACAGAAAGGAGAAGAGCCAAGGAGAACAGCUGUUGUGGGCUGGGAAAGGCCAGAAGGACAUUUGUACAGCCUUAAAGAAGACUUCAGAAAUGUCUCUUUAAACCUCUGCAUACUAGACAAGGAAGGAAGAUGGGCAGUCAAGACGGACUGUGGAACACUUAACCAAAUGGGAUCUUUGGGGGGAAAGGAAAACAUAGGAAGGGGAAGCUGCCUGAUAAAUCUAUUAUUCAUCAAGACCAAAGGGGAACUGUUUAUAAAAUUUUUUGGACUUUCCAAAAGAUCAUGAAAAAGUUCCACACCAAAGGCUGCCUAUCUGCUAAAAAAAUAAUAAUCCUGUGGACAUGGGGCUUAUCUCAGAUAGGGAACUGGCUUAAUGGCAAGAAACAGGCCAAUUAUAAACUGGAAUGUCCCUGCAAAGAGCUAUGCACACUGCGAAGUUUCUCACCAAUUGGGGUAGAACCGCUCCUUAUGUGUUUAUCAAUAGAUUGGAGGGGAAAGAGAAAACCUAGCAAGAUGUCCAGUCUGACAUCCCAAGCUGAAUGGGAUAAACUAUAUCAACAUCUUCCCAGUUUGUUCAGGAAUGUCAGAGAAAUCAUAUAUGGGCUCCAAUGUGGGGAAAAAACAAUCCAGACUAAAUGUGUAAGAUGGGCUCUGAGCUGUGAUGACCAAGAAUAAAACUGAGGGACGUGCCAGGGACCAUUUCCUACAGCCCUGAGUCCAGUACACGAGGACCAAGAAGAUGAUGGGAAACAACAUAGAAAAUGUUCUUUGUGCCCAGUCACACAGUGUCCUUCCCCAUCUGGAAUGCCAUGACUAGGAUAGGAGGGGGAGAGAAAGGGUGGGGGAAGGAGAGGGAGAGGAAGAGAGAGGAGGGAGAGAGAGGGGGGAGAGAAAGGGAGAAGGAAGGAAAGGGAGAAGAGAGGGGGAAGGAGAGAGAAGAGAGAGAGGAAGGGGAGAGAAAGGAGGGGAGAAUGAGAGGGAGAGGGGAGGGAAGGGAGGAAGAGGGGAAAGGGAGAGGAGAGAGGAGGGAGAGAGAGGGGGGAGAAAGGGAGAAGGAGAGGGGGAAGGAGAGAGGAGGUGGGGAGAGAAAGGAGGGGAGAAUGAGAGGGAGAGGGGAGGGGAGGGAGGAAGAGGGGAGAGGGAGAGGAGAGAGAGGGAGAGGAAGAGAGAGGGAGAGAGGGGGGAGAGAAAGGAGGGGAGAAUGGAGGGAGAGGAGGGGGAGAGAAAGGAGGGGAGAAUGAGAGGGAGAGGGGAGGGAAGGGGAGGGAGGAGGUAGGGAAGGGAAGGGAGGAAGAAGGGAAAGGGAGAGGAGAGGAAAUGGAGAGGGAGAGGAAGAGAAAGGAGAGAGAGGGGGGAGAGAAAGGGAGAGGGAAAGGAGUGGGAGAAGGAGAGAGAGGAGAGGGGGAAGGAGGGAGAGGAGAGAAAGGAGGGGGGGAGGAAGGAGGGGGAGAAUGAGAGGGGAGGGAGGGCAGAAGAGGGGACAGGGGAGGGAGGGGGAGAGGAGGGAGAGAGAGAGAGAGAGACACAGAGAGAGACACAGAGAGAGAGAGAGAGAGAGAGAGAGAGAGAGAGAGAGAGAGAGAGAGAGAGAGAGAGAGAGAGAGAGAGAGAGAGAGAUAGAGA